AUGGCGGUCGGCGAAGGUGUGUACUGUACACUGGUCAUGACCGAUGCCUACCUUCCUGGAGCCGCGGUCCUCGCCCACUCCCUCCGCGACGCCGGCACCACCCACAAGCUCGCCUGCCUGAUCACCCAAGACAGCCUCCGCCCCAGCACUAUCUCAGAGCUGCAGUCCCUCUACAAUUAUGUCAUCCCGAUCGAGCGCAUCGGCAACCCGAGUCCAGCAAAUCUCUACCUCAUGAAUCGGCCCGAUCUGCUAUACACCUUUACCAAGAUCAACCUCUGGCGCCUGACCCAGUUCCGGAAGAUCGUCUACGUGGAUGCGGACGUGGUGGCGUUGCGUGCGCCGGACGAGCUGUUCGCACUGCCGGACGACUUUGCUGCGGCACCGGAUGUGGGAUGGCCGGACAUCUUCAACACGGGCGUCAUGGCCUUGACCCCACGUAAGGGUGAUUACUGGGCGUUGAGAGGGAUAGCAAAAGCAGGGGACAGUUUCGAUGGCGCAGAUCAGGGCCUGCUGAACCAGUACUAUGAGCAUAAGCGGUGGAAGAGGCUGAGCUUCACCUACAACUGCACACCCUCCGCCAAUUACCAGUAUGAACCCGCAUAUCGUUACUACAAGAGCGAUAUCAGUAUGGUGCACUUCAUCGGCAGCGAGAAGCCUUGGCAGAGGGAGCGAGGUAAUGGGAAGGGUACACCUGGUGUGUUCCAGGAAUUACUAAGUCGGUGGUGGGCAGUAUAUGAUCGACACUUCAAAGUUUCAGCGUAUGAAUACAUCAGCACCGGGCGACGAGAGCCUGCCCAGCAUGACGCGGUUCGCGAUCAGGUACGAAAGGAGACGGAGCCGGCAUACUAUGCUACCGGAUACCCUGUGCAAUCGGCGGAUCUGUCCUCGACGUCAGAAAUGCCCUUCACAGAGCCUCAACCGAAAGCAGAAGCGAUCGAUCAAGGCAAUGUACAUCCUACACCAACAUCGGAGCAACGGAGAUUUUCAGCUCCACAUGCCGAGUGGGAUGCCACCCGCCGCGCGCCACCCACUCAAAGCAAACCCGAAGCCGCCAAUUUCCCAUCACAAGUCUACGAGUUCAGCUCCGACACGCAGCCCUUUAGGCCACCGGCUGCUUACCCGGAGCCGCCGAAGGAUAUGUGGUAUCAAGUCCCCACAGGAAAAUCGAAACCACUACCUGCCAUCUUCCCGUGGGAGGAGAGAAACGACGCAGCUCCAACGAGAGUGUGGGGUGAUGAGGAGAAGCCUGCAGAGCCUGAAGAGGAGGAAGACGACUUCAAGGGCGGAGAUGAGCUUGCAGUGACGAAUGAUGAUGAGGACCUCGACUUCACGCCAACAACACCAACGAUCAAGGUCGACGACGCACCAUGGACUGGCUUUGGCGGCGUGAACAAAAACGCCUGGGACGAAGUCAAUGGCAUCGAUGAUUAUGUCCGCGCCUUGACCCGCUUCCAGAAAACGAGAGGAAAAGUCCAAGUCCUCUCACCCUCACAAGACGACACAUCCGCCAUCACAUCGCCACCUGCCAAACCUGGAGCUGGGAUACCUGGCCAGCAAUCCAUACUUUCACCUUCAAACGAGCCGGAGCCUACUCGGUUGAUACAGCAGGUACGGGAACGAAGAGAGUCGUUACUUCUGACCGACUUCCCUUCGGCAGUUGAACGACCAAGUUUACCUGUCACACCUGCGCCACGGAGAAGACCGACUUUUUGGGGUAUUGAAAGGGAUGGGCAGGGAGAGUUGCCGGGUGCGGAGGGGGUGGUGGAGCAAGGGGAUUGGGACCCCGACCAUCAACUCGAAGAACUACGCCGCAACUCCCUCAUCGGCCCCAGCGACCUGAAACUCCCGAAGAAGAACCUUCCCCAACGCCAAAUGCCCGGUUCUGCUACCGAAACAAUCCCGGAGGAGAUAGCACCGACGGCCAUGUCAGCGCCAACGAUGACAUCGCAUCACUCCUUGCGAUCGGGAAGUGGCGACCACCCCGCGACCUCCACCCUCCUCUUGAGCGCAGCAGAGAAGAAUGCCGCGAAAGCCGCGCCGACAUUCAGUGAGCCUGCUUUCGAUGCUGCGGCUACGAGGGGUAGUGGGUUGGCCGUACAAGACGCGGUGUUGAGUCCGACUGAGAGGAUGGAUGAGGGGGAGGGUAUUGCGCCAUGA